AUGGCCGGCUGUUUCUUCUCUGAAGAGGAGAAGGAGUCGCAGAGCAUCAGCGCUGAAACCGAGCGGCAGCUGCGCCCAGGCAAGCGGAACGUCCGCCGGGAGCUGAAGCUGCUGCUGCUGGGCACAGGAGACAGUGGCAAGAGUAUGUUCAUUAAACAAAUGAGGAUUAUUCAUGCAUCAGGUUACAUGGAAGAGGACAGGAAGGGCUUCACAAAACUGGUUUACCAAAAUAUAUUUACUGCCGUGCAAGCGAUGAUUAGAGCCAUGGAUACUCUCAAGAUACAGUACACAUGCAAAGAGAAUGAGGAAGUUUGCCUCUGUAAGUACACUCAGUCACCAGUGGUCGUCCUUCUCCUUAUGGCCUUCACCCGUUUACCAGGGAAAGAAAGUUUUGGGAUUGUUUAAAGGAAAACUGCAACUGAGAGCAACAUACUUCAAUUUGCAUUGAAAGAGAUAAGCAUAUUUAUAAAGAUAUUA